AUGGUGGUGGUGGUGGAUGUCGGUGGAGGUAGGUGGCGGCGGUGGCGAUGGUGGUGGCAGGAGUGGUCGGGGGUGGUAGCAGCGGCGACAGUGGUCGGAGAUGGCGGUGGGUGGUGGCGGUUGACUGCGGUGGCGGCGGUGAUCGAAGGUGGCAGUGGCAAUGGUGGCGGCGAUGAUCGAAGGUGGGUGGUGGCGAUGAUCGGAGGUGGCAGUGGCGACGGUGGGUGGCGGCGAGGACGGAGUUGGGUUCCCGUUGAACAACCUAAGCCUCAUUCUCAUGGUGAAAAGGUUGCCAAUGGCUUUGACUAUGUCUAA